UUAAAAAUUAAUUAAAGCGCUUUAGUUGAAAGCUAACAAAUUUGCAAGCGACAAAGCACAAAGCCAACAAAGGUGACAAGCCAAUUUGAGCGUGAAAAGCGAAAAACAAAAACAAAAAAUCGAAAUUUGAAACAAAUUGAACAAAAUUGCAGUGAGUCAAAAGCAAAAACAACAAAACACACCAAAACAAAUCGCAAAAAAGCUCACCGGAGUGUUGAACAAAUCUCAUUACGCUAACUCAAGCGCUUAGCAGAGUACGAAACGGUAAAAAAUAUGUUGUUGUAUUCGAAGUCAAACAGCUGUGCACUGUGACAUCUUUUCUUGUAUAAAAACAAAAAAUAAUAAAAAAAUUAAAAUUUAAUACUGUGCAACAUUAUCAAAACGCCAGCGCCAGUUACACUCUCGCCACCCCGCUGCCCCAUGUUAAAGCUGUCAUCCACAGGAAUGACUGUCACUGGUUUACGCACAAGCAUGACAAGCCCGACGGUACCGCCGCAAACAGCGUCCGCCGCCAUCACCACCACCAUGACAAUGACCAGCCCCAGCACGCUGGUGGUCAGUCCCGCACAUCUAAUUGGUGGCAACAACAACAAUAACAGCAAUAGCAACAACAAUAAUACAAAUCUCAAUCGCAGCGGUAGCAACAGCAGCCCCACAUCACCCUCCACACUCCUCCUAACACAUCAGCAACAGCAAACGUUGCAGCAACAAUUGUUGCCGCUACAUACACAGUCAACGCAUAGUCACCCGCAUCAAUUGAAUAAGACCAGCUCGCGUCUGAGUAAUUUCAGCGUCGCUUCACUCUUAGCCGAUACGCGGCCAGCAGCAAAUUUGUCCCCCUCACGCACGCACAGCGCGGACGGCAUGCAAAUGGAGCCGCGCAAUCUGUCCAGCCACACACCAGCCGUCACGUUGUCACCUGUUUCGCCGGCAGGCUCCUCACCCGCUUCACCCAGCGCCACACACGGCACGCAACCUUUGGCGCCACACGCCGCCAACCAUCCGCCACAUCAGCAUCCACACGCGCACUUCCAUUCCGCCGCCGUGGCACAUCAUGCACAUUUGUUGCAUGCCGCCGCAGCUGCACACGCGCAACAACAACACGCCGCCGCGGUGGCUGCCGCUGCUGCAGCACAACAGGCGGCGGUCGCGGCAGCGGCCAACAGUGGCACAGCGCCACAUUUGCAUGGCGCGACGGCUCACUUGCGUCACACGUUGAGCAGCAGCUCAGCGGAAGCGCCCACCAAUCUAGUUACCACGGAGGGCGGUAGCGGCAGCAAUGCGCAACAACAACACCAUGCGGCAACAUCGCGUCUGGGUUCACCCGCUACACAUAUGAGCGGCCCGAGCGCGGACACGUCCUCCUCCUCAUCGGCCACAGCGUUGCUGGCGAAACAUGAACGUCACUCGCCCAUCGGCAGCUCGGUGGACUCGGAGCUGGAAUAUGAUGAUGAUUACAAUGAGCACGAGCACGAUGGUGAGCAUGAACAUGAUGAAGAGGAGGAUUCGAUAGUGGAUAUUGAAGAUAUGAAUGCGGAUGAUUCGCCGCGUUCCACACCGGAUGGCAUGGACAGCAGCAAAUCACCGGAAACGCUUAGCGCUCAUAUGCCCAACUCACCGCAUCUGCUUUCGCCAGCGGCACUGGCUGCCUCGGGUCAUGUGCCCAUACGGCCGACACCGUUUAGCGCGCUGGCCGCAGCCGCGGUGGCGUGGGGUGGCAUCGGCGGCGGUGUGCCUUGGCCGGGUGCGCGUCAAAUGCCACCGUUCGGGCCGCCUGGCCUAUUUCCAGGACAAGGAUUCGGCGGAGGUGAUAACAAUGAGCCGCCACGCAUCAAGUGCAAUCUGCGCAAACACAAGCCAAAUCGUAAGCCACGCACGCCCUUCACCACCCAACAGCUGCUCUCGUUGGAGAAGAAAUUCCGCGAAAAGCAAUAUCUGAGCAUAGCCGAGCGCGCUGAAUUCUCCUCGUCGCUGCGCCUAACCGAAACGCAAGUGAAAAUCUGGUUUCAAAAUCGUCGCGCCAAGGCGAAACGUCUGCAAGAAGCCGAAAUCGAGAAGAUCAAAAUGGCCGCGCUGGGACGCGGUGGACCGGGUGCGCAAUGGGCGAUGGCCGGCUACUUUCAUCCCAGUCUAAUGCAUUUGGGAUAAGUAGCUAAGCGGCUAGCACAUAUUACGCUCUCCGGUGCAUACACUUGGCAACUAAAAGCUUGGACCCAGUUCGUACAUAAUACAUUUCAAAUCUUUUCAUUAGUUAAGUUAGACAGUGGGUUUUCUGUGAAAUGCAACGUGCAAAUUUCGUAUGAAGCUAUAAUACGCAGUGAGAGUUCAAAAGUGUGCCGCACUAAAAUUUUGAAAAUUUUCUAAAAUUAUAUGCGUUUGCUGUAUAAAUUUCGCAGCUAAUUUUUGUUGUUGCAAAUUUUAUGGCCCACUGUUUGCUGAUAGCUUAUAAUUUAUAGUUACGUAUUCGUAGUUUAACUUACCCCAAUUGCUGUGAUGUUAGCGCAUUUUACAUUGUAACUGUAAAUAUAUAUAAAGAAUAGAUUUUGAAUUGUAUAAAAAUCCAUAAUUAUGUAAAGUGGAAUUAAUAAAAUUAGGUUAUUUAGUGGAUAUAGUAACACGAAAGUUUCCAAAAA